AUGGAUAUCACUCACAGGAAAAAUACUGAACAAAGAAUCUUCGAACAACACUGUUUUCAGUGGCCAGUAAAAGAUGGCAUUUAUUUCAUAGCACGUGAAGAUGAUUAUAAAAAUGCCGCCGCAUCAUGCCGUUAUCAAUUAGGAUCCAUUGCUUCAUAUGAGCUGUUAUACAACGCGUUUCAACCAAGUUUGGAGAACUGCAAAGAGGGAUGGCUUAUCAGUGGAGAGAUUGCAUUCACCGAACUAAAAGACGCCUGUAUAUUAAAGCCACCAGAACAACGUAGCAAUGUGUUUCCUUGUCAGUCAUAUCAGAGUGGGGUUUAUUGUCACAAGGAAUAUAAUACUUCGGCAGAUAUUUUGGACUAUUUGCCAAAAACCCAGCGGAUCAUUCGAUUGACAAAUAGUAACUCGAAAAUGUUGAAUGCAGAAGAUGCCAAGAUAUGUUGCAGUACUAAAUUCAAUGGUCAGCUUGCAACCCCUCUUAAUGUUUAUAAUAACUCUUUGUCACUUGGAGUUAAUCUUUGCGGAAAUGGAUGGCUCUCGGGGAUGUUGGAAGGGAAUCCAUGUGAAGGACAUACUCCACCAGACUUCUGGCUUUAUCCGGCGGGUAAUUUUAUUCGCUUCAAGCCAUUGACGGGUGAUUCUCAAGCAUUUUGUUUGGUUCCACUAGCAAACCAGUCUUACAUUGACCCUUUCCCUUCUCAUCGUGUAAUGAGUGGACAAGGACAAGGUCGUCACACUUUAAACUACUACGAUGCUGAUGCUUUGUGCAAGAGUCGCGGUGGUAGAAUUGCAUCGAAAAUAGAAGUGGAGUACGCACAGCAGUCAGGAUAUGACGUUUGUGAAUUUGGCUGGGUCAAAAAUGGGGAAAUUGUUUAUCCUGUAGUACAACCCAGAAGUGGAUGCGCAAAUAUUCCUACAGUUGUUAAUGUUGGGUUUAAAGAUAAAACUACUUUUACUGCAAUGGCCUAUUGCUAUAUGUAG